AUGGCGGCUGAAAUCCAUUGCGCUGGGAAAGAUGUUGUAUUCGACGGUGUUCUCGGACCGUUGUUGGGUGUAACUAGUGGAGCACUCCACCAGAAACGAACUAAUUAUAAAUACGUUGGUAUGGUAGAGGAAACCGAUGGUUCAUUUGCUGGUGACCUGAACUAUGGACUUCAUACAUUGCUGUGUUUCACUGAAUGUUCGAGAGGAGAACAUGCUCUACGCCGCUAUCCAUCAGGUGAAGAGCGUUGUAUCGCUUGCAAACUCUGCGAGGCUAUUUGUCCUGCUCAGGCAAUUACGAUCGAAGCAGAAACUCGUCCAGAUGGCAGUCGGCGUACCACUCGAUACGAUAUAGAUAUGACCAAGUAUGUU